AUGUACAGCUUUAUGGGUGGAGGGUUGUUCUGUGCAGGCGUGGGGAACAUCCUCCUGAUCGUUUCCACAGCAACCGAUUACUGGAUGCAGUAUCGGCAGUCCAGCAACUACAUGCACCAAGGCCUGUGGCGCUACUGUACACCAGGGAAAUGCUUCCCACACAAUGACAGCUUUGCCCACUUAGAUGCAACCCGUGCCUUCAUGAUCCUUUCUCUUCUGGCUUGUUUCAUUGGCAUCAUCAUUGGCAUUAUGGCCUUCAUCCAUUACUCAUCCUUCGACAGGUUUGACAAAACCUUUGCUGCAGGCAUUUUGUUUUUCAUCUCAUGCUUUUUAGUGUUUCUAGCCAUGGCUGUGUACACUGGGGUGACAAUUAACUACUAUGGGAAACGCUAUGGAAACUGGAGGUUCUCUUGGUCGUAUAUCAUCGGCUGGGUGUCAGUGGUGCUUACCUUCUUUUCAGGAAUAUUCUAUAUGUGUGCCUAUCGGAUGCACGAGUGCCCCAGGAGCGCCAACUCGCAUUAG